AUGGCCAAAGGCAAGAAAGAGCCCAAAAAUGUCAACAGCCACAUCAAGGCCCGCCUGGCAUAUCUGCAGCAGGCCGCGGCCCAUUUCCAAGCCUCUGCCUCACAAGAUGCAGGCACCCGCGGUGUAGAAGACACCGACUCGACGCCUGCACCGCGCGACAGUCAGCCGAUGACCAAUCUGUCGAGGGUAUAUCUCUCCCAGAUGCGCGGGGUGUCCUUGAAAACGCAAACUCGACUCCCCAUCGAAGUGAAGCGGUCAUUCUGCAAGCGCUGCGAUACGCUUCUGGUUCCCGGGUUAAACUGCUCGCGUGAAGUGCAAAAUGCCAGCCGAGGCGGCAAGAAGCCCUGGGCGGAUGUACUGGUUGUGCGGUGUCUGGUCUGCAAGACUGAGAAACGGUUUCCUCAGACCGACAAGCGAGCCAAGAAGCUGAUUGAGCGGCGGAAGGAAGCGAUGCCACCAGUUGAAGUCGACAAACCAAUCAGCCGGACCUGA